AUGCCCCAUUCAAUCGUCGCAAAAAACGGCAAGGCUGUUGUUGGUCUAGGCAGCAGGCUGCUGACGGUCGAAAACGGCGCUGUCACCAAGCAGGUCACGGUCGACCAGUCGGCCGCACCCAAGGGCAAUGCCAACUUUGUCGAUGCUUUGGCAGUUACCCCAGACAACAAGCACUGGCUUGGUAUCGACCACUACGGCAAGCAAUUGGUCGUGUACACACAAGAUCUGGACGUCGUUUCUGCCCGAGUAUUCCCCAAGCGUCCGUCUGCUGUCACUACUGCGGGCAGUUCCGCGCUGGUGGGCGAUAAGUUCGGGGAUGUGUACCAGGUGCCGCUCUACUCGACCGAGCCUGUUUGUGACGAGAAAGGACAGGCGAAAAUCGAGCCCAUCCUCGGUCAUGUCUCAAUGCUGCUCAAUGUCGAGGUAUACGACAACAAGUGGAUCAUCACCGGCGACCGUGACGAGCACAUCCGUGUGUCCUCGCUGGCUCACCCCUACGUGAUCGAGCAGUUCUUGUUCGGCCACAAGCAGUACAUCCGGCAGCUGCUCCUGGUAGGAAAGACUCUUGUGUCUGGCGGCGGUGACGACUACGUUUGCUCGUGGGAUCUAGAGUCUGGCGAGCAAGUUGCCCAAUUCGCUCUCAGACAGUACUAUCUGGGCCUCGAGGAGAUCGAUGUGUCUGUUCUGGUCGAGUACCAGGGCGACAUCCUCCUUGUUGUCGAGGGCACGACCAAGAUCCUCCGGGUGUCGGCACCGAAUCUCGAGCUUGUUGCCGAGUACGAGACCAACGAUAAGAUCACGGCUGUAGCAGUUGACGGCAAUGACGUCUACGUAGCGUUCGCCAACAAGCUGCGCGUCACCAGCUCACUACCUCCGCAAUUCACAGAAAUCGAACUACCGCAAUCAGAAGAGGUCCCGCUAUUCAUUCAGGGCCAGCUGCGAAAGCGCCCCGAACACUAA